GACUACUUUCAGUCAUUUGAAGAUUGAAACGCAACUUCAAACCAUCGUGUCUGUAGAGUUAUGUCACCGCGUAGUAGUUGGAACGGACGCGCGAAGGGAAAGAAAAAGAAGUCAACUGCACAUCACCAAGCUAAGGCAGCAGGAGGGGAGGGGAGUGACAAUGCUAACACGGGGCCAUCUCCUGUAAAUGAAGAGAGCAAGGUGGAGCUGAACCAUAAAUUUGAGAGGACUCGUUCCGACAUUUUGGGGAAUGAGCAUUGUUCGGUAUAUUUACCCCUCGAUUUUGACGUGCAUCCACAGAAACCGUGGAUUCUGUUUGCGGCGGACCACAAGUCGUUCCAAGUGUGGAACUACGAAGAUGGGACGCGGGUUGGCUCCUGGCAGGUGCCUGAAUUUGAGGGGCAUUAUCGUAAGGAGGCGAGAUUCGUUGCACAGAAAGAAUGGAUUGUGGUGUUGGGGAAGUUUGACUUUAUCGUGUACGAAACGAAACGCUGGAACCUGGUGCGUGUUAAGGUCUUGGAAGGACCGAAUACGUGGGGAUGCAGGCAAUCUGGGCGGAGACUGGCAGUUCAUCGCAGUGCGACGUGCAUAUUGACUUCGUUCAGCGAUGGAAGUAUGGCAUUGUGGGACUGGGACCGGGAAUGGAAGAAGAUUACGUUCCAAGAGCGAGGAUCUGACCACGUGGCCUUUCAUCCAACAAACGCGAAUAUCUUUGCGAGCGCAUCUGGUCAGAAAAUUAAGCUUUGGGAUGUGAAGAAACAGUCUGUUCUGAAGACCCUUCACGACGAGUACAUGGGGUUGACUUGCAGCAUGGAAUUUUGCAGCAGAGUCAAGAAGCCGCUUUUGAUCUCAGCACACCAUUAUUCCGAUACGCGCGUUUGGGACUACAAUACCGGAGACUGCAUUGCGAAAUUGGAGGGAUCCGGAACGCGUUCGGCCUUUUUCCAUCCGCAAUUGCCUCUCAUCUUCACGGUAGGGUUCGAUCGCAUCAGAAUUUGGACCGAGUCGAGCCAUCAGCCAGUCUUAUCGACUCCAUGGUUCGGUAUUGUGAAUGUGGCUGCUUGCAAGAAUUCCAACCUGCUUGUUGUUGGUGGCAUAGGAGAGUUUUCGGUGGUUGAUGUGGUCGCAACCGGUGAAUUCAAGGAAGGAGAAGAGAAGCAGCGGAGUGGGGAUCCCGUCUCUGCAACGGCAAGGGAGACGAAACCAGCGGCAGAAGUCUUGGAUAUGAUGCUGGAGGAGGCACUAGGUCCUGUGGAGCAAACGGCUGGGACGACAGCAGCGAGGGUCCUUGAGGGUGCGUCAUCGGCGUUGAAAACGGCGAUCGAAGCAUUGGAAGGCGAGGCAGAAAAUGCAAACAAGGAGUUCGGAAAGAGAAUCGAGAGUGUCGCACUGACAUGCCGCGAAGCAUUUGAUAAGUUGAGAGAAGACUACAAGGAAAAGGAGAUAGCACAAGCAAAAAGACUCCAAAGGUUCAAGGCUGAGGUAAGCUCGUUCAACGGAGGGAUGGAGGUGGCAAAGAGGCUAGUUGAGUCCAACCAGAGGAUUUGGCAGCUGGAGGCUGAGAAGUUUGAGAUGGAAGAGAAGCUCCAGUCGACGAUUAAAGACCUCGAGAAGAGAGUCAACAAGGAGAUUGCUGCAGAAGAAGAAGCCAGACUGAGAGAGUAUUCCUUCAAGGAAAUACUGGAUGCAACCGACAUGUUUAACGCGAAACGGAAGCGUGGCAACAAGGAUCACGAGGGAUGCACUUACCGCGGCAAGCUGCGUAACGAUACUUCCGUUCUCGCAAAGGUGAUGCGGGGCGGAAAUCUGCGGCCGAUCGACCACGCCAAGUUCAAGACAGAGCUGGUGGACAGGUUGCGGAUGCUAAGGCACCCACAUCUGCUAACUUUGCUGGGAUUCUGUGCGGAAGAGAACUGUCUGGUUUUUGAGGACGUUGCAAAUGGAAGUCUGCAGGAGUGGAUCGCUUGCGGAGAGGGUCACACGAGAGGAUCCCUGUCGUGGGAUGUUCGCUUCCGCGUGAUGGCAGAGGUUGCUCAAGCCAUGUCCUUCCUUCACUCCAAUCCCGCGGCUACUGUUGGCCCCAUUAUCCACCGCGCAAUCAAGCCUGCAAACAUCCUUCUGGACGAGGACUUCGCCGUCAAGAUCAGUGAGCUCGACCAGGCGCUCCUCUGCGGUCAAGAACAGGCCGAAGGAGUCGUGACUCGUAGGAGUUCGAUGCGUUUGUCUCUGGGAAACAACUCGCAGUACACAGCACCGGAAUCGCUGCGGUCUGGCGUCUUCGACGAGAAGACCGAUGUCUACUCGCUUGGCAUGACUAUGUUGGAGAUGCUGACUGGAAAGUUGUGGAAUGCGUUCGGAAUUGUAGAAGGUGUUAUCGACAGUGAUGCCGCUUUUAGAAAUGUUCUGGACCCCAGUGCAGGCACUUGGGAUGUUGAUCUGGCCCGCCAAGUGGCCAACUUGGGGCUGAGCUGUGCCAGUUUAGACAGACACAACCGGCCCGACAUGACAGGAAGUGACUGUGGCAUUCUACCUGUUUUGGAGCGAGUUGUGCAAAAAGCAAAGCUUGCGGCCAGUUCGGGGCCACGAGCACGAGUUGCCAGUCCAAGCAGGGACAAUCGGCCCAACACCAGGACAAGUAAUGGUGGCAUUCCAUCAUCAGUUUCGGAGAGGCCCAUUCCAAAGGUGAAAUUGGAGAAGGAUGCCUAACUAUCCAACUUAUCAAGGUAAGCAACCAUGGCCAUCAUGAGACUUUACAUGGCGCUAACGAGG